GAAUUAGACGAGUUGGCCUGGAACAGCCAAUGGCCCGACCGACACUAUCGAGUCUUUCUUCGAGCCCCUGAUUCUGUAGGCGAGCAUUCCCACCUGUUUCAUCUUCCUCCGCCCCUGGAUCUCACAGAUAUAGCCCCGUCAUCAUAUUCCACAAAUCUUUCUGAGCAUGGCCGUCGAUUUCAUGCCGAAAUCCCAGUCCCUUACGUACUAGUCGACCGACAUGUCGAAGUGGGUGUUGUUGCUGGUAACUCAUAUGGAGAAAGCCUCCCAAAUGUCGGUCUAGCCAACUCCCUACUUGGCAUACAGCUCGUCUUCACCGGCAGCCGUCGGUGGCAACAACAGCUACUAUCCACUCACCUAUACGAAGGUAGCGAACGAUUUAGUGAAUUAUUCCAUAAAGUGAAACCAUACCACAGACAGGAACUCAGCUCGCCCAGAGACUCAACCCAACGAUUGCAGGCUGACAGCACCGGUCCGGUUAUUUCAGACAGGAACAUCGCACUCAACUGGUUGUCUCCGGUUCCGGAACUGGUUCGCAUGGUGUGCGGAAAUCACCAUCCUUUACGUCAAUUGAGUUCAGUUGUCUGCCGUUGGAAUCAUCUCGAAGGGGGGCCUGGCCUUCUUGGCUUUCAGUUUUCCGCAACUUCAUACGGUUCGGCUGAACACUAUUUUCGUCACCCCAGCAGCCUACUUCCAAAUCCCCAGGUUAUCUGGCACUUUCUUCCUCUCGACACCAGCCAAGUGAUCAUGCCUGUUCUCCCAGUCGCCCUCGAAUCUGAGUUUGGGCUCGAUUUGCCUGUUAAGAGUGCGACACGAAGCCUCCGAUUGGCUCCUUUUCACAUAUACCGAUUUUGUUUGCGUCCCAUCUGGAUUGUAUCUAGCCCUCGGGAAAAUAAAGAGGAUAAUGAUACUACCAUAGAGGAGGAGAAUGAAGUCCAGAAUGCGAAUGCAGACGUCAAAUUAGCCAAAACUGGCUUUGAUCAAUCAGCCAUCUGCUUUCCUACCUUCUUCAGAAGGAAAAUCAAUCGUAAAAUGUUAAUUGAUUGCACUCAAGACACACUCUACCAACCAGACUUAAUAAAGCUUUACUGUACACCGGAGUUGCCCCCUGACAACCCCGUGGACAUACGCUUAAUCUGGAAGGCACGGAAUGCGGUGAUGCUGACUUGGCGACCUCCGACCCGCCUCAACGGUCGUCUCUUAGGCUAUCGAGUUGCUGUCUUUCAGGCCUGGGGAAAUACGAAUGGCUCUUUUGCUUAUUUGUCCUCAGGGUUAGCUAAACACAAUAUCAGAACGACUAUCCUAUCCGAUUCCAGAGAACGAUUUAACCCUACUGAUGCUUCCUGGUCAGGCCUGCUACGUCUUGGCGAUCUUUAUUCACAGGCCCUAUCCCAGUCUAGCGAUCAAAAUGCUUUGGUGUGGUCUUCAUCAGAUUUCAAUAUCACUCUACUCGACUUCGUCGAUGUCCCCUCUGAGUACUUUUCCUCCCUUGAAAAAGGCAAUAAUUCUUCCUGCUGUCCUAGUAAGACCCGUCUUCUCAUCUCCUGGCUACCUUUGGCCUCCUCAUUUCGACGCACCCAUCUCAUCCUUACUAUAUUGGCCCGAACCUCAGCAGGUUGGAGCGCUGGCCUCCAUCUUAACGACAACGAUGAAAAAUACAAUAACUUCGCCCAUCCUUAUAGGCCUGACUGCCAUUCUCUGAUCACACUGACUCUGGAUGUGGCAUCACAGAGUGAAGCUGGAAAUGGUUUCGUUUUCGAGGGCUGUAACGAGUCCGGUCUGAGAUCCGAGGUAUUACCGCCGAGAGGAAUAUGUUACACAUCCCUUUAA